AUGGCAGCACGAUUGUCAAUUGCGCGGGCAGUCUGCCAGAUCAGCUCCAGGCGCACUUGCGCGGCGUUUCGGCCCGUCAGAGCGCAGUGGCAGCAGCCGUAUUCUCGGUCUUUCUCUUGCUCGAUAGCUGCGCGGGCAAAGAAAUACACGGAAGAUCACGAAUGGAUCGAGCUCUCCUCUGACGGCAAGACCGGCACCAUAGGCAUCUCAACCUACGCCGCCAACGCUCUCGGCGACGUCGUCUAUGUCGAGCUCCCGACCUCGGACCUCGAAGUCAAAGCCGGCGAAGCCAUCGGCGCCGUCGAGUCUGUCAAGUCCGCUUCCGACAUCAACUCGCCCGUGUCCGGCAAGAUUAUCGAGGGGAACAGCGUGCUGGAGGAGAAGCCGGGCACGAUUAACAAUGAUCCUGAGGGCAGCGGGUGGAUUGCGAAGAUCGAGGUGGCGGAUAGUGGGGAGAUGGAGAGGCUGAUGGAUGAGGGGGGUUAUAAGGAGUUUACUGAGGGGCUGGAGUAG